AUGUCACUCAGCAAGACGAAAGAAGGCAAAGAUGGCUCAGAUAACACAGAUUCAGAGUUAUCUCGCCAAGAAGAAAGUAUUAUUAAGCUCUUUAGCUCAGUAAGCGAUGGUAGUUCAAAGUCUUCUAUCGAAGUUUCUAACUUAAUUUGCUUUUUGUUGAUUAUCGGUUUAAGUUGCACUGGAUACUACCUUUCUAUCAAUAGUUUCCAGCAAUCUAGUGAGAACUUAGUCUAUACAUCACACCACAUCAACUAUUUAUAUGGUGCUGCUGUUUAUCUCUUCGCAAUUAUCGCAAGACUCUUCAAGAUCGGUCUUGGAAAGUGUUCACCAGAAUUCGAACCAUCAUUGAUUGGUAUCGAACACAAAAUCUCAUUAAUUAACGAGACAACACCAUAUCUUGUUAAUUAUUUCCAGAAAAUCAGACUUGGAGGUGAAGAUAAGAGAGAACUCCCAUUCCCAAUGAUGGAGAGAGCCAUGUCAAGAGCUUCUGAACAACUUAAAUGCAAAGAUGAAAUUGCUCCACCGAAGACUGUGAUGGAAUCAGUCCAUUGCAUGACAGCUGGUCAGCAAUUGUAUAUUAGUACAUCUUUGAUUAAGAAAUAUUAUGCUCAAAUGAUCUCAGAAACACCAAUUUACCCAGAUCCACGAGAUAUUGCUUUACAGCAGCUUUUCCAGGUCGGUCCUGUUGAAUUAUACCAAGCAUUCUUUGCUCCAACAGGCAAAGAAAUAGUUCCAAUGAUCAGAUCCGAAGUAGAUGUCCAGCAAAUGGAUCAAAUUUUGUAUUCCAUCAUUUUCAUGGUUGUCACUUUUCUAAUUUCAUUGAUCGUAAUUUUUGUUGCCAAAAAUGAAGACAAAUUAUUAAAGUUCACACUCAAAUUGUUCUUAAGAUGUCCUCCAGCAUCUAUUAUUAGCAAUCAAAGAGUUAUGGACUUAAUUUCCGGAAAUUAUAAUUAUUCCAACGACGACAACUCGAACAAACAUGUUUGGUUCUCCAAUGAAGUUGUCAACAGAUUGGAUGACGUUAUAAUUGUCUGCGAAGACGAAACAGGAAAGAUUGUAACUGUUAAUGCAGCAUUUGAGCAAAUGUUCGAUCUUACGAAGCACCAAAUGGAAGGAAAGAACAUCCACGAGUUCUUCACGGAACAAAGAUUCAAAUCCGACAAUCUUGAGAAAGUUUUUACUCAAGAUACAAAUCUUGUUUACACAAAAAGUGACGGAACUCCAGUUUACUUUGAAUUCACAACAACAUCGAUCAGUGGAAAGAGAUUCUACUCCGGAACUAACCAGACAAUGAAUGUAAUGCAUGAGAAGUUAAUUGCUGAUGAAAAGAAGAAGUCAGAUGCUAUGUUAGCGAGUAUUUUACCACCGAUGUUAGUUUCACGAGUUCAAGCUGGCGAAAAGAACAUUUCUUUCUCAGUACAAUCAGCCACAGUUCUUUUCUUGGAUGUCGUAGAGUUCACACCAUGGUGCGGCUCUCACGAUGCACAGUACGUCAUGAGAAUGCUGAACAUCAUGUUCAAGGAAUACGACGCGAUCACUAAUUCACACAAGACAAUGACUAAAAUCAAAUGCAUCGGAGACUGCUACAUGGCUGCAGGAGGCAUCUUCGACGAGGUGAAUCAGCCUGCAGUACACGCGAAAGAGGUCGUUGACUUCGGAUGCCAAGUCAUCAAGAAACUCCUCGAGAUCGACGAGAGAGAGAACGAGUCACUGAGAAUAAGAGUUGGUGUAAACACAGGAGGUCCGAUCGUUGCUGGUGUCAUCGGAACAGAGAAACCAACAUUCGAAAUUUUGGGUCCUGCAAUCAACAUCGCACACGAAAUGGAACAUCACGGUGUUCCAAUGAAAGUACACAUCUCUAGACCUGUCUACGAACUCAUUUACGGUCAGCAGUUCGAUAUAAAGGAAAGAGGUGAAAUAGAUGUCAAGGGUGGAAAGAUGUUCACUUACUUAGUUGAACCAUAA